AUGGCAUUUUCCAGAAAUGCAAGUCUUCGAUUCACACACGCGGCUCCCCGUUCAGGUCCCCGGGUUGGCGGGUUCAGGCAAAGGCUCUGCCUCCCCCAAGGGGCAGACGGGCUGCAACGAGGCGGCGCCACCUCUCCGCGCACACCUGAGGCUGCGGAGAAACCAGCGGUGCACAAAAGCGCUCCCCGGCCCUUCGCAGCUCUCAGCGCGCCUCUCACCACGCCGGAGACCGUCCGCUGGCGGAUCGUUCCUUUUCCUUCUCUUCGUUUUCACCUGGGCAACCACGGCAACACCUGUUUCAUGAACGCAGUGGUGCAGUGUCUCAGCAACACCGACCUGCUGGCCGAGUUCCUCGCGCUGGGGCGCUACCGGGCGGCGCCGGGCCGCGCCGAGGUCACCGAGCAGCUGGCGGCGCUGGUGCGCGCGCUCUGGACACGCGAAUACACGCCCCAACUUUCCGCCGAGUUCAAGAAUGCAGUUUCCAAGUACGGCUCUCAGUUCCAAGGCAAUUCGCAACACGAUGCCCUGGAAUUCCUGCUCUGGUUGCUGGACCGUGUGCAUGAGGACCUGGAGGGCUCGUCCCGAGGGCCUGUGUCUGAGAAGCUGCCACCUGAAGCCAGUAAAACCUCUGAGAACCGCCUGUCACCAUCAGCUGAGCUGACACUAGGUCAAAGCUUUGUGCAAAACCACUUUCAAGCACAAUACAGAUCUUCCUUGACUUGUCCCCACUGCCUGAAACAGAGCAACACCUUUGAUCCUUUCCUGUGUGUGUCCCUACCUAUCCCCUUGCGUCAGACAAGAUUCUUGAGCGUCACUUUGGUCUUCCUCUCUAAGAGCCAGCGGUUCCUUCGGGUGGGCCUGGCCGUGCCAAUCCUUAGCACAGUGGCAGCCCUGAGGAAGAUGGUGGCAGAUGAAGGAGGCGUCCCUGCAGAUGAGGUUAUCUUGGUUGAACUGUAUCCCAAUGGAUUCCAGCGGUCUUUCUUUGAUGAAGAGGACCUGAAUACCAUUACAGAGGGAGAUAAUGUGUAUGCCUUCCAAGUCCCUCCGUCACCAGGUCAAGGGACACUCUCAGCUCAUCCAUCGGGCCUGUCGGUCUCCCCACUCUUGGCUGCCCGUGAGAGUCAGCGAUUCUCUCUCUCUCUCCACAGUGAGAACAAGGUGCUAAUCCUCUUCUGUAACUUGGUGGGGUCAGGGCAGCAGGCUAGCAGGUUUGGGCCACCUUUCCUUAUAAGGGAAGACAGAGCCAUUUCCUGGGCCCAGCUCCAGCAGUCUGUCCUCAGUAAGGUCCGCUAUCUCAUGAAGAGUGAGGCCCCCGUACAGAACCUGGGGUCUCUGUUCUCCAUCCGGGUUGUGGGACUCUCCCUGGCCUGCAGUUACUUAUCCCCUCAGGACAGUCGGCCUCUCUGUCACUGGGCAGUUGACAGGGCUUUGCAUCUCAGGAAACCAGGAGGCCCCCCACACAUCAAGCUAGCUGUGGAGUGGGAUAGCUCCAUCAAGGAGCGCCUGUUCGGGAGUCUCCAGGAGGAGCGGGCACAGGAUGCCGACAGCGUGUGGCAGCAGCAGCAGGCGCACCAGCAGCACAGCUGUACCUUGGACGAAUGUUUUCAGUUCUACACCAAGGAGGAGCAGCUGGCCCAGGACGAUGCCUGGAAGUGUCCCCACUGCAAAGUCCUCCAGCAGGGGAUGGUGAAGCUGAGUUUGUGGACGCUGCCUGACAUCCUCAUCAUCCACCUCAAAAGGUUCUGUCAAGUUGGUGAGAGAAGAAACAAGCUCUCCACGCUGGUGAAGUUUCCUCUCUCCGGACUCAACAUGGCUCCCCACGUGGCCCAGAGAAGCACCAGCCCCAAGCCGGGCCCCUGGCCUUCCUGGAAGCAGCCGACCUGCCUGCCCACCGCCUGCCCGCUGGACUUCCUGUAUGACCUGUACGCCGUCUGCAACCACCACGGCAGUCUGCAAGGUGGGCAUUACACAGCCUACUGUCGGAACUCUCUGGAUGGCCGGUGGUAUAGUUACGAUGACAGCACAGUGGAACCACUUCGAGAAGAUGAAGUCAACACUAGAGGGGCUUACAUCCUAUUCUAUCAGAAGCAGAACAGCAUCCCUCCCUGGUCAGCCAGCAGUUCCAUGAGAGGCUCCACCAGCUCCUCCCUGUCUGAUCACUGGCUCAUGAGGCUUGGGAGCAAUCCUGGCAGCACUAGGGGAAGCCUGCUAUCCUGGAGCUCUACCCCUUGCCCCUCUCUGCCCCAGGUUUCUGACCCUCCCGUCUUCACAAACAGCCUGUGCAGUCAGGAAAAGGGAGGAUCGGAGUCCAGGCGCCUGGUGCGGGGCCUCCAAGGCAGAAGUAUCAGCAUGAAGGCACCUGCCCCUUCCCGAGCCAAGCAGGGGCCCUUCAAGACCAUGCCCCUCCGGUGGUCCUUUGGGCCCAGGGAGAAGCCACCUGGUACAUCCGUCGAGUUGGUAGAAUACUUAGAGUCCAGACGAAGACCUCGAUCCACCAGCCAGUCCAUUGUGCCUCUAUUGACAGGGGCUACUGGUGAGGACCAGAAGUCAGCAUCACCAAGGUCCGGCAUCACCCUUUCUGCUAAAGGUGAAGAGAGCGGGCGAGCUGGCGAAAGAGGGCAAGCUGGGAUGCCCUGUCCCUCAGGCCAUCCCAACCACUCUCCGAGCCCUGGACACUCAGAUGGUCUAAGCACAGCAAGGAAACUAAAGGAAAACGCAAGUCAGGACAUCAGGCUGCCCAGAAAGUUUGACCUGCCCCUCACUGUGAUGCCCUCAGUGGGGAAUGAGAAGCCAGCUCGACCAGAGAGCCAGAAGGCCAUGAACUGGAAGGGGAAUGGCCAGGUGGGAAGCAAGAGCAGCCCACCCUCCCCCUCUACAGGAUUGUCUAGAAACAGUAAGGACAGUCACCGAGGUACCCCUGACAUAGACAGACCCCCUCAGGGGACACUCACCCUUCUGAGGUCUAUGUUUCGGAAGAAGGAGAACAGGGGGAGUGACAGGGCAGAGGCCUCUUCCCAGUUGCCUCCAGUGCCUCUGGUCAGUGGCAGGCUGAGUCCUGCCAUGGACGAGCAGGCUCGAGGCUCAUCUCCCUCCCUCCGGAUCCGAGAAAGCCUGGCCAGGGGCCUGGGCAGCCGGCUCGAGAGGGAUGUCUGGUCAGCCCCCAGCUCUCUCCGCCUCCCUCGCAAAGCCAGCAGGCUGCCGAGAGGUAGUGCCCUUGGCACAUCACAGAGGAGUGCUCCAGGAGAGCAGACUUCUUAUGGCACCUUGCAGAGGGUAAAAUACCACACUCUUUCUUUAGGCCGAAAGAAAACCUUGCCAGAGUCCAGCUUUUGAUGGCGCAUGUCAGUAUUGUGUGAAGCUGGCAUUCUUGGGACUUUGUACUGAACAGGUGUAGGCCGCCUGUGUGGAGAGCAGGUUUUUGGGAAGCCAGUUGUCUUGUGAUCCUUGAAAAUAAUUUUUGUUUGUUUGUUUCCAUGUCUAGACAAUGUCCAAAUAACCCAGUUCCAAAAUGCCUUCCUGUAUCGUUGGGUGCUUUGAUACAGUCUGGCCACUAAAGGGUGCUGUUGGGUCAGUAUUACCAUUUUCAGGGCAAGAACUGAUACUAAAGAGAUUUGGGGGUGGGCAAACUUUAGAGCAUGGCUCUAUAGGUGAGCCUGGUUAAUGAGACUCUUCAUUGUCGUGUCAGAUAUUGUCAUUGGAUUCUCCUUUUUCUUUAUUUUUUUAAAAAAACAGUAGACUUAAAGGAAAAUCUUUUCCUUUUAAAGCUUCUCUGGGAUAAGCAUUAAAGAUGCCAAAAAAAGAAAAAACGUGGUAGUGAUGGUAAGGCAAGAUUCCAGAAGAGAGAGAUGGGAGAGAAGUGACUGAGAUUUUAGGUGAAUAUUUAAUAUAGAACAAAAUAAUUGUAUUGAAGUUUUUCAAGGUAUUUUAAAAAGAUAACUAUUUUGAUACUGGAAAAAAUAAAGUUCUUUUUUAAUUUAAAUAUGAGAUCUAUGUACAAUUUUAAUAAAAUCCCAUCCGUGAAACA